AUGGAGGGUAUAGAGUUUAUAGAGGCAUGCGAAGAAAUAUUUUUUAUGAAUAAACCUCCCGUGUCUCUUUGCUUCGGUUUGCUGCUGCCUGCUGCAGCAGCAACAGCAGCAAUUCAGACAUUUAAUAAGGAGGCACCUUUAUCUGCAGCAGUACCAUCUGCUGCAUUCUGGCCUCUACAGCAGCAACAGCAGCAUCAUCAUCACCAGCAGCAGCAACUGCAGCAGCAGCAGCAGCAGCAGCAGCAAGUUCAGCAGCAAAUUGGUCGGCUGAGUGACGAGGCGCUGCAGCUUCUCCUCUCUGCUAGGCCAUUUGAAGCAUCGGCUGCACGGGCAGCAGCAGACGCAGCAGCAGCAGCAGGAGAAGCCUUUGCUGCUGCUGUGCAUGCAGAAGCAGCAAAAGCAGGGAAUGUUGCACUGGACCCUGCAGCAGCAACCCUAGAGGCAGCGGCAGCAGCAGCAGCAGAGACCGAUACCUCCACAGCAGCAGAAGUACACCAAACAGCAGCAACAACAGCAGCAGAAACACAGGCGGAUAACCCCUCAGCAGAAGCAGCACAGCCAGCAGCAGCAACAGCAGCAGCAACAGCAGCACCAGACACUGUAGAGAAGGUGAGGGAGGCAGGGGCUCCCCACACUUUGUGGAUACGUCGGCUAUGGGGCGAUUUGCUGCUGCUGCUGCUGUCAGUUCCUGCUGUUGCACCGCAGCAGCAGCAGCAGCAGCAGCCAUGGAGUGCCCUUUGGCCGUGUUUCUUUAACAAAAAGCGGCCAUCUGCUGCUGCAGCAGCAGCAGCAGCAGCAGAUGAGUCACUGCUGGAGACGAUCGAUCCCAGCGCAUCAGAGAGGAAUACUGCUGUUGCGCCGCUGCAGCUGUCGCAGCAGCAAAAGAAAAUACAUGCAGCGCUGCUGCAGCAAGCAGCUCAACGCGGUUGCUGCCUGAUAGUCUUUCACCGCUGCGAGGCGGCAAUACCCUGUGGCAGCGGCAACGCCAGUAGCAGCAGCAGCAGCAGCAGCAAAAGUGGGAGCAGCAGCAGGAGCUGUGACAAGGGAAACAGCAGCAAAGAUGCUUCCAGGAACGGUGUGGAUAAGCAGACCACAUCCAUGCCCACUGCAGCAGCAGCAGCAGCAGGAGCAGCAACGGAGACUGAAGACGCGGCAGGCAACGGGUCCACAGCAGCAGCAGCAGCAGCAGAAUGGACUGCUCCUUGUGGCUGCCCGAUCAUUGGCUGUGCUGCUGGCCCGCCCUGCAGCGAAUUCCUUCCUAAGUGCAGCAGGAGCAGCAGCGGAGACGACAGCAGCAGCAGCAGCAGCGAAGAGUGCUUCCACCCACUGGAGCAUCCCCUUCUCCUGGCAAUAGAUGCGGUUGGAGAACGCCUGCAGCAGCAGCAGCAGCACCAAGAGCAGCAGGACGAGCAGCAGCAGCAGCAGCAGGAUGAGGAGGGUUUCUGCAUUGUUUCGGCGGCCACCGAGGCCAUUUGCCCAUUGGCAAAAAUUCUCCCCCCUAAGGAGAAUUGUCUUGGCUAG